AGAGACAUAUGAACUCACAGAUUCAACCAGCCGGUGGAGAAACAGAAGGCGAUUUUUUGUCGCCGCCAUCAAACGCGCCGCCGCCGCCGCCGCGGCGAGCCCCGACGACUCGACGCCGGACGGAGAAGCAGAAGCAGAAGCCGUUCUUGGUCAUCCAGGUCUUCGCAAUGGCGGUCUCCCCGGAGCUGGAGCGCUUGCAGCACGUCGAGCCCUCCCGCUUCGUCGCCUUCUCCUUCCCCAACCCUCUCCUCCACGACGCCUCCAGCCCGUACGGCGACGGCGCGGGGUUCCUCCGCGUGGCGGUUCUUGACUCCCCUCUCCGUCCUCCUCCCGCCCCGGCCCCGCGCACGGCGGCGAUGCUCGUGCCGGCGGGACGGCACCGGGACUGGAUCUUCUCCACGCGCGCCGGCCACCUGCACCUCCUCCUCUCCUCCCAGCCGCAGUGCCACCUGUCCCGCCUCGUACUCGUCGGCCCUGAGCUCACCGCGCCUUCUCCCCGGGGGGUCGUCUCCUGCGCCGCCGCUCGCCCGGACCCGGAUCCUGCGCACGCUCGGCUCCUCCCGCUCCUCCUAGCUCUAUGCCCCAGGGCUGCGUUUGGGGGAAAUGCCAUCCCCGACGUGCCGUUGCUCUCCUUCCAUGAUGACCUCCUCCGGAUUGCUCCGGUCAAGGUUGCCACCGGCCCUGUGGUUGGUGAGAUGGUUGUCGAGGAUGUGGCUGUCGACUGCACACCGCAUCCGGUUGAGUUGCGCCGCAGAUUGCGGUUCAAGCGCACGCCUUUCCUUGUCCAAACCCAGGUGCGCCUUGUGCGGCGAUCGUCUCCGGGUGAUUCUUGCUUGUUGGAAGCAUUGGAUGAGGUUGCAGGUGGUUCAUUGCAGCCUGAGGUGGGUGGAGAGCUAGUCCAGCCUUACCUACAGGCCAUGGCUUCCGGUCUCGCCGUGAUCGCCCCUUCCAUGGAUGAGAGUUUUCGGUUGGGUGACAAGCCGAGGUGUCUUUGUGCCGGCAUCGGUGGCGGCGCUCUUCUAAUGUCCAUCAGGAUGGGACUUCAGUGUGAUGUACUAGGGAUUGAGGCCGAUGAUGUUGUCCUGGAUGUUGCAAGGAGCCAUUUUGGACUGGUGGAGGAUGAGUUCCUCCAAGUCCGUGUUGGUGAUGCUAUUCAAACAAUCCAGGAUUUUGCUCGGAAAGGGGAGCAUGAUAUGAAUUUCAGGGCAAUUAUGGUGGAUCUUGACUCCUGUGAUCCUAUAUGUGGAGUCAGUGCACCACCAUUGGAGAUGACACAGGAAAGCGUUCUUCUUGCUGCACGGACGAUCCUACAUCGUAAUGGGGCUUUGAUACUGAACGUAAUCCCUCCUGCUGCAGAUGGAACCUUCUAUAAAGGGUUGAUUGAUGUUCUUCGCCGAGUUUUCUCUGAAUUGUAUGAAAUAAGUGUUGGUAAUGGCGAAAAUUUUAUUCUAGUUGCCACAGCGUCGCCAGUUGAAACUAUCCUUUCUGAUGGUUCAGGAAGCUUUCUGACAGAAUUGAGGACAUUAUCUGGGGGUUUUUUGGAACACAUAACGAGAAUUUGACAUUCCAAAUCACUGUAUUGCUCCAGAAAGUUGCUGUGUUUGGCUGUGUAUACAUCACAACAAAUAUCACAUGGCACUUCCGAUCUCAAAUGAAGAAGCCUGUUUGAACUGGCCAUUGGGUUUGGUAUUUCAGAUUCCGCAGUUCUUCCUAUGUGUGAACUCGGGGUACUUACUGCUGUAUUUCAGAUCUUGUAUAACUGGACAAGUAACAGCAAACGUGGAGAUACCAUUACAAAUCACUUGCGGUGCAAGAUGAAUAUUUAGUUAGUUAAUGCCAAUGAGACAUGCUGACAGCUAAGAGAAGAGAAAAGGAGAUAAUUUGAGUAGUCAGAGUACAGAAAGAUGAGCUCAAAGAGCUAUAGCUUUUUAUCAGAUUAUCAGAUUACAG